AUGACAUACCGAAAAGUCUCCCAACAAGAUUUACAACACCAAUCUAGAGAAAUCCGUUCUCAAUUAUUUGAACAAAUAAAAUGUUUGGAACAACGAUCGAAUGAUAAAGUUGCUAUAUUUCAAGAAAUUAAUGAUUUCCUCAAAAAACGUGCAGAAUUAGAUUUGCAAUAUUCAAAAGAGCUUGACAAACUAGUUAAAUCUGUUAUGAUGAGACACAAAGCUGAAAGACAAAGACGCCCUAAUUGGUCUAUUUAUUCAAUCUGUAAUUUAUGGCAACAAAUUGUGGAUGAUGCUAAAGAUGAAGCUAAACAACGUUCAAUAAUUGCUGAUUGUCGUGAUAUUGCUCUUCUCGCGGCUGGGGAAGUUAUGCGCGUUCUAAAUGAGCUCUCGUUGGCUAUGAAAACUUAUCACAAUUGCUAUAAUGAAUUUUCUGUUUUGAGCGCUAAACUUCAUAAUGCUGAAGAACAAAAAAGAAAAAUAAUGGAGGCAAAUAGUUCACUACGAAAGCAGAAUUCUAUACAAAAAACUUUUGAAAAAAGAAAUGAAAAAUAUGAAAUAGCUAGACAAAAAUGUAUGCGUGCUCGAAAUGAAUAUCUUCUUUGUAUUGAUGCGGCAAAUUCAUCUCUUUACAAAUAUUUUGCUGAUGAUGUAUCUAAUAUUAUUGAUUGUGAAGAUUUGGGAUUAGACUGUUGGCUCCGCAUGAUUCUUCAAAAUUUAAUUUCUGCGAGAAAAUCAGCGUGUCAAUCGGAAAUGAAUGCACUUGCAAAUCUGAGUGGAUUUCGUGACUCUUUGCAAUCGAGAGAUGAUAAACAACGAUUUUUUGAAAGCAGCAAUCAAACAUUUAUGUUGCCAAAAAGAUUUGAUUUCAAAUGCGAGCAGAGCGAAACAAUUUUUGAAAUUUCAACAAACGAUUUAAGAGAAGAAUUUAGACAACGUCAUAAUCAAAUAAGAAAACGUUUAGAAAUUUUGAGAAUGGAAUCUGAAGGAAGUUGGCAAAAAUUGGUUGAAAUGGAAAAGAAAAUGCAAGAAUUACUUGCUGUGUCUACAAUUGUUGAGAUUAAUGAAUUUGGAAUUUCUGAUAAAAGGCCAUCUACUGAAUUGGUGGAACAGGAACUUAGCAAUAUUUUUGAAUCUUAUUUACAAUCAUUCACAUUCUUUCUUCUCAAUGCUAAUUUAAUCUCUCGAUUAGAAGCUAGAGCUAAUGGAAUCAAUAAUGGAUUAAAAUGUAGAAAUAUAAAUGUGGCUUCAUCAAAACAAAAUAUUUCUGACGGUGAUAGAUUGAAUGGUAAUUCUUCUAUUGAGAAAAAAUCCGACACCGACGGAUCUGAAAUCGAGACAAUAAUUCAUCAAAGACCAAAAAGAAGAAUUGGGUCUCAAACUUCAACAGAAUGCCAAUUUUCUUCCCCUUGGACAUUACGUCCAAAGUUAUUUGGAGAUGGCACUGGGGAACAAAUUCCUCUUGUUGUUGUAAGCUGCAUUCGAGCGCUUUCUCUAUUUGCACUACAACAUCAAGGAGUAUUUAGAAUUAGUGGAUCUCAGAUUGAAAUAAACCGGAUGCGUGAGGCUUUUGAAAAUGGGGAGGAUCCUUUGAAAGACGUUAAAAGUGCAACAGAUACUAACAGCAUUGCUGGAUUGUUAAAAUUGUAUUUUCGAGAGCUUAAAGAGCCUUUAUUUCCUUUCUACUUAUUUGAUUUGUUAACAGAUUUUAUUGCCCAAAUUAGACCCUUAAUAAGCAAAUUGCCUCGUUCUUCAUAUAUUCUUCUUCGAUUUUUAUUUGCAUUCCUUAAACAUUUAAGUGAAUUUAGUGACGAAAAUAUGAUGGAUACUUAUAAUUUGGCUAUAUGUUUUGGACCUACGCUUUUACCAAUUCCUGAAGGAAAAGACCAAGUCAUUAAAAAUUUAAUAGUCCAUUGCAAUGAAAUAUUCGACGAAAAAUUGCCUGGACCUAAAUAUGAAAAGUACAACCUUAAUAGCGGUUUAGAUACUCCAGCAGAUACAGAAUUGGAAUUAUUUGUUGACGAUGAAUCAGGUAUCGAUGGAUUAGAUGGCGAUGGAAAACAAUGGAGUUGUGGAAGUGUUGAAGCUUCGCUAUUUCCUUACAAUUAUAAAAACCCCCAAAAUAUAGUGCCUUUUUUGGGACGUCCUAUUCAACUUCCCAAUUUCUGUGAACAACCACAAUUUGCUGAAACAAUAAAUGAAAGAGAAUUGAAUUUUUUAAAUAGUGAAGACUUUAAUCAAACCGGGUGUAUUACAAGUCCAAAUGCAAAAAAUAGAGCAACUUCAAGAGAACAAAAGUUGACAGCUACGGGGAGACGAGAAAUACAACCCGAGAAAUUCAAUGACGACUUUUACACCAAAUAUUCUUUAGAAGUUGACCGAAGCAUGGAUCAUGAAAAAACUUCAUCAAGUAACAUAAUUAUGGGCACAGAAAAUGUUAGGAAUUAUCCUCAUAAUAAACUUUAUUCUUCAAUUGAUAAAAGCACAAAAACGACUGCCUCUUCUAAUGUUCCAAAUACAGAGGAGUUAGAGGUGAAUGAUCCAACUAGAUUUCUGAGUUUCUAUAAUCCAAAAAAUUUUCCCAAUGAAAAUGUUAACUCUCACAAUCCUCGACAAUUUGGAACAAAUAAAGGACAAAUGCCUUCCGCAAUAGCAAUUGAGGGAGGACGUCAAUGCAAUAAAAUCGAUGAUUUGCUGAAUAAACUUGCUUUGCAAUCAAACGAAAAAGAAGGUGUUGGAAUAGGAAAAAAUAUUACUAGAUAA